GGCUCUCCCACCAGACAACUAUUGCAGAUGUACCACCAAGAGAGGAUACAAAGCAUCCUAUCAGGUGUGGGCUUUAUGUUGAAGACACUUAUUUCCCUCGGUUGGUGGCAUUUGGGAAGAUGUUUGAAUGGAUCACUAUGUUACAUAGUGUACCUUUUCCUGCUCAUUUAGUUAAGAUCAUGGUUGAUAAAGUUUGUGAUGGUAGUGCUAUUGUGUCCAUGCCGACAAAUGAGUAA